UAUUUGUGACGUUAAACAGAUACUUCGACUAAGGAUUCAAGGAAGUAAAAGAUUCGAUACAAAAUAAUUGACUAUUCGAUGGACUGACAGAUAAUUUUAUCCCUUCACUAGUUUAUUUACGUCACGUGUUUUAAAUUCAGGGCUCAGUCUACAGUCAGUAUGAGCGUAACAAAACUCGGCACCAUGCACCUCACUGGCCACACAGGUUCAAAACAUACUGCCACUGUAAUAUUUUUCCAUGGCUCAGGAUCAUGUGGCAAAGAUAUGAAAGAAUGGGUCAGGCUAAUGGUGAAAAACUUUUCCUUCCCGCACAUCAAGGUGUUGUACCCGACAGCUCCGUUGCAGCCUUACACUCCUGCUGGGGGAAUGCCGAGCAAUGUCUGGUUUGACCGAGAAGACAUCUCACCUCAGGUCAAGGAGAAGCUGGACUCCAUUGCACAAAUAGAAAAAGAAGUGAGGCAACUAAUUAAAAAUGAAAAUCUUGCUGGGAUUCCAAGCAAUAGGAUUAUUGUUGGUGGUUUCUCCAUGGGUGGCGCCUUGUCACUCCACACAGCUUACCGUUGGGAUCGAAACUUGGCUGGCACUUUUGCGUUUAGUUCUUUCCUGAACCAAAAUUCAGUUGUUUACCAAGAACUGAAGGCAGCUAAUGCUGGCACUAAACUGCCGCCGCUCCUCCAAUUACAUGGUGACUCUGACGAUUUGGUAGACGCGAAGUGGGCUCUUAACACCUUCAAUGAAUUGAAAAGUCUUGGAGUAAAUGGAGAGUUUCACACAAUGGAGAAACUCGGACACUCCUUAAACCGUCGAGGCAUGAACAUGAUAAUGAAUUUUAUUGUGAAACUCUUGCCUGAACAGUGACCUGCGAUAUUUUGUUAUAAAAACAUUGCAGGUGUUUCAUAUGACGGGUGCACGAAACGGAGGGAUCAUCACAAAUGCUAUUAUAUUAUUACUCAACACACACACUCUCGCCUUUUAUACAUAUAUUUUGUAGGCAGUGGUGCCAAUGGUACAUCCUUUUUUGCCGUGUGUAUUCCGACCCCCGAUGGAAAAGGAGGCGAGCGUACUAUGUUGGAUACAUAACAACAGAAUCUGAUGACUAUGACAUAACUUGGACUAUUGUGUGGUAACAUUGAAAUAAAUUACACUGUCUUAUGACAUGUGUGAUGGAAAGAAGAUGCUCAAAGCUGAAGAAUUAUGUGUAAAAAAUAAAAGAACAGGCACUUAAAUAAAAUUGAUAUGAAACAUAAUUUUAAUGAAUUAUGGUUUAUUAUGGGCCAUGCGAUGGUUACCAAUAAACUUAUAUAAUGUAGAAUACACAGAUUAUAAUAUAUUAUUAAUUGAAUGAUAAGGUUAUAAAAUCAACAUAUAUUUGUUUGUUUUGUCGAUAAUGUAGAAAGAUGAUGAUAACCAUCUUUCUGUGUACCCUUCGUGUGUUUCAUAUUGGCUAAGAGUUAUUGAUAAUUGGCUGUGUUUCCUAUACCAAUAGUUAUAGUUAAGGGAAUAAAUGAUUAUAAUUAUCUUACAUUAAUUUUGUGUGACUUGCGAUCCUCAAUGUAUGUAUUUUAAUAUAAUAUAAGGCAAACAACUUGAGCACACCUCCGCAUGGU